AUGGAACCUGAGCAGUUUGGCACCCAGAAGCCAAGGUCCACAGUCAUGACCUUCCGGCCAACCAUGGAGGAGUUUGCAAAUUUCAGCAAAUACAUUGCCUACAUGGAAUCCCAGGGUGCUCAUAAAGCUGGCCUAGCCAAGGUCAUUCCUCCCAAGGAAUGGAGAGCCAGAGCAUCUUAUGACAAUAUCAGUGACCUCUUAAUAGCCACUCCUCUGCAGCAGGUGGUCUCUGGACAGGCAGGUGUGUUCACUCAAUUCCAUAAAAGGAAGAAAGCCAUGACAGUGCAGAAGUUCAAGCAUCUGGCCAACAGUGCAAAGUACCAGGCUCCUCCGCACCAGAGUUUUGAAGAUUUGGAGAGAAAGUACUGGAAGAAUCACCUCUGUGGUUCCCCAAUUUAUGGUGCUGACAUCAGUGGCUCUUUGUUUGAUGAAAACACAAAGCAGUGGAACCUUGGGCACCUGGGAACCAUUCUGGAUCUGUUGGAGGAGGAGUGUGGAGUUGUCAUCCAGGGUGUCAACACACCCUACCUCUACUUUGGCAUGUGGAAGACCACAUUUGCGUGGCACACGGAGGACAUGGACCUCUACAGCAUCAACUACCUGCACUUUGGGGAGCCCAAAACAUGGUAUGCAGUGCCCCCAGAGCAUGGCCAACGCCUGGAGAGGCUGGCCAGGGAGCUUUUCCCAGGCAGUUCCCGAGUCUGCAGAGCAUUCCUGAGGCACAAGGUGGCUCUCAUCUCACCCACAGUGCUCAGGAACAAUGGGAUCCCCUUUAACUGCAUGACUCAGGAGGCUGGGGAGUUCAUGGUGACAUUUCCCUAUAGCUAUCAUGCUGGCUUCAACCACGGCUUCAACUGUGCAGAGGCCAUCAAUUUUGCCACCCCUCGGUGGAUUGAUUAUGGUAAAGUGGCUUCUCAGUGCACCUGUGGGGAGGUGAAGGUCAGCUUUUCCAUGGAUGCAUUUGUGCGCAUCCUGCAACCUGAGCGCUAUGAGUUGUGGAAAUGUGGACAAAAUGUGGUCACUGUGGAACACACUGGAUGCAGGGUGCCUGUUAGGCAGGAGCUGAUCUCGGGGAGGAAAGUGCGCUUUCAUGGGAAGAGAUCUAACUCCCAACAGAGGCACCUGCCUAGUGGGGAAGGCUUGAGUCUCAGUGAUACAGAGGACCCAGGGCACAGAUUUCCUUCCCUCAACAGGCAAAAGGUGCAGAGGUCGUCCUCCUCACAGAUUGAAGGCUCAGGGCUCCACAAUGCUGCCUGA